UUCGUUGCUAUGGCAGCAACCGGCAACAUGAAUUGUUAUUCUUUUGUUUGUAAACAAUCCCUAGAAACCUGUUCUGGGGAUCGAUGUCUAUGUAAAAUAUGUCGCAGAAUUUGAUAGAGGGUAGCACCACCCAAUCUCUUGAAAAUGUUGAGGUUGAAAUGGAUCUCCAUAGAGACCCGAGGGUGCAAUGGUUCAAAGGUAGGAUCCUUGCACUCAUCGGGAUGGAUGAUGAAGAAUUAUUCUACAAUAUGUUUGAAGAUGAUGAAGUUAGGAUGAAUUUCACUAAAUUUAUUACAACACCUAUGGCUCCUACUGAAUUGGCAUUGGAGAAAAAGACAUUCUAUAUCUGCAAGAUCAUUGUUGAUAAACUUAUUCAUGAGGAUAAAGAAUUUACUGAGUGGAGAAUAGUACCACCGCCACCAUUUAUGCCUCCACCGGUCCAGAAGAAAAAGAAGGGUAAAAAAGGAAAGGGGGAGCCAGCAGAGGCUGAACCGGCAAAGCCUGCAAAGAAAGGAAAGGCUGCUAAACCUCCUAAAGUUAAAUCUAAAGAGGAAGAACCAGAUGCUGAAGGAGAUGCACCGGAGAUAGAAACAGCGGCUGCUCUAACUGAAGUCGCGGAAGGCGAGGAUGAGACCAAGACGUCCAUAGACCUGCGAGGCGCUACAGAGGAGACACAACCUGCAGAGGAUAUGUAUGCUUUUCCGCCACCGCCAGAAGACCUCGAUCCGUAUGUAGAUGGGACCGUUGAAUUCUACACUGUUGUAAGGCCUGUUCCACGGAUAAUCAAAUAUCCAAAACUCAUACCGAUCUUUGGAGCUUUAGACCCGAAGUUGGCAAAUCGUAACCGUCGCUACUUUUACUUUCUUCGCCAUGGACCUGAAGCAAUACCUUUGGCGGAAACAGAUCUCAUCACCAAGCUCAAAAUGCCAGAAUAUAUUAUAGCCGGAUGUGCAUCUGGUAGAGUUCUGAUGAGUUUGAGCAUGCAACUAAAGGAGAUGUACAUCCCGCUGUUCAACAAGCAGUUCCGCGAGGUGAACCUGCUGAACGCGGAGUCCUCGCACGCCAUCCUCUCGCGACAGGUCUCCUAUGCCGGCGCGCACUACAAGAUGGAUGAGACCGCCUCACAGGUUAAUUAUCUACGGCCAUCGGAUUACCGCAGAAUGUCUAAUAUUGCUCGGGGUGAAAAUGCUGAAAGAAGAAUGAAAAGUAUGCACAGCACAUCUCUUUCCACGAUGCAACGGAUUAGUAAAGUGCAGCUUGGUAACAUGGAGUCGGAUGCGGAAAUAGAGUACAUGGGCGAAGAGCAAGAUAAACAGAAGUCUACGGCGGAAGAAGUCAUCACAGACAUACAAGAACUUGUGGCUAUUGUCGAUUGGACCAUUCAGCACAUCGAGGGUGAGAUCCAGCUGCCGAUGCCAACUAUACCUCUCUUGGACGAGGAGCGGUCGGAGGUGCGCGUCAUGGACCCCAAGCUGGUGGCGCAGCUGGAGGAGGCAGUGGACAUGUGGCAGACGCAUAUCGAUAACACCAUCGCUGCGUGCUUGGGAAAAACUCGCGAGGGCAAGGGGCCAGUGGCGGAGUACAAGUACUGGCGUGAGCGAGACGCUGAACUGUCCCUGCUGGUGGAGCAGCUCAAGCAGCCCACUGUCGUCAAGAUACUCUCCCUUAUUGAGCAAGUCAAGUCGCCGUACUUUGAGAGUUUCACUAACUACAAAGAGAGACUUCUAGAACAAUAUAACCUGGCCGGCGAUAAUUUGAAAUUCCUCUCAACGUUGCUGCGGUUCUUUAAUAUAAUAGAGGACGAUUCUCCACUGAAGCAAGUGAUCGAGGUGAUGCCGGAGCUGAUGGAGAGCAUCUUUAUGGUGUGGGUGCUAUCAAAGGGAUACCGCACCGACGAGACCAUGGUGCCUCUCAUGUUGAGGGUCUCUUGGGGACUCAGUAAUAAGCUGGAGAGAUUCCUCAACGUACAUAAGUUAUUUGAGAAAAGCAACGAGGAGGUGCUCUCGCUGGCGCGCACUGGCCAGAAGAUAAUGGAGACGUGGCACGAGCUGUACAAGGAGACGCGGCGCAACAUCGAGCUGAGCGGCAAGGGCGCGCGCUGGGAGUUCGACCAGCCGCUGCUCUUCAACACCACCGACUACAUCGGCAGCGUCGCCAGAGACCUCGCCGACAUCGUACAGGUGUUAAUUGACUUUGAACGUAUAUUCGGUUCGGAGUUAAAGUCGAUAAUCAGCGACCCGACGCAGAUCGACGAUGUUCGUAAACGCGUGAAGCGGCUCGUGUACCCCAUACGCACGAUUGACUUCAGCGUGUUCGUGUUCGACAACAAGGAGAACUGGGACGUCAUUAUGUCUGACUUCUGGAAGGAGGUUCGCUACCUCGAGGAUGAGGCGAAGAACUAUAUUAACCAAAGCUUUGGCAAUUUAAGGUUUUCAGACGAAGCUCUAGAUGUACUUCUGAAGUUCCUGGAGUUCGACACCAGAGAGGCGAUCCGUCACGAGUUGUCCACAAAGUUUGAUCUCGUCAUGCGCCAGUUCAUCAAGGAGAUCACCUCAGUGGAGGAUAAAUUUACGCGUCAUCGUAAGAACCCACCUCUGCUGCGGGACCACCCGCCGGUAGCAGGCGCUAUCUACUGGGCGCGCGCUUUGUUCAUCAAAAUGAAGCGGCCCGUCAUGAAGUUUCAAAAGGUGCCAGAACUAAAUGACUGUGAGCAGAAGAAGGAGGCCUUCAACCAGUACAAGGCGUUCUCGAAGGUGAUCAAGGAAUACGAGGACGCCAAGUUUAAGGAGUGGGUGGAUGUCUCCUCUUUAUUCGUUGAUAACGUCAUGAAGAAGAAUAUAUUGCAAGUUAAAUUUAAAGCGGGAAUCGAGGUAGCGCAACCAAAGAAAGGCGUCGGCGUCCGCGGUAAGAAGAAACCCUCGCGCACGUCACUUGCCGCCGUCGACGUCGUUAAUAAGGAGAUUGCUGAAAAACGACGCAGAGAUAAAGCAUUAAUGCUGAUGCGAAUCCCGGGCCAGCAUUACGAGAACGUGCGCUCACCAAGCUCCAUGUCCCUGCUGGCCAAGGAAGGAUUGACGGACGUAACUUGGCGAGAUCUGACCGUGCACAAAUUGAUGCAAGAAUACGAUUUGGAGUUCCACACAAAUUUCGAUAAAAAGAUAUUCAUGAUACUCAAGGAGGCUGAACUUAUGGAACAAUUAGGCUUCAAUCUGCCAUCCAACAUUCGUGACGUGGCGAUGCAAAAGGGCCGGCUUUACUACGAAUUAGAAUCCCUAGAGAUAGUGAUAGGGCGGUACAACGUGAACGCGAGCUCCCUCAGCCCCUCGGAGACGCACCUCAUGAAGCGCCACCUGCUGGACAUGGAGAGACACAUCCUGCCAGGACUCACCAGGAUCACCUGGAACGCGCUCGGGAUUAAAGAUUACAUCACAGAUAUUACUAAAGGGCAAAAUUCCUUACAAGCAGUGUACCAACAGUUAAAAAUGGUAGAAAAGGAGAUUCUAGUUUUGAUCGAUCAAUUAGAACUCUUUGAUCUAUUCCCGCUGUUGAAGCCUGAGAACUACGUGAAUCCAGACACAGGAGAACCGGAUUCAACAUGGCUUUAUCCCUGCAAGACGUUUUUCGUGGAAGUGGCGAAUGAGCGCAACAGCCGCGUGACGAUGCUGUCGCGGCUGUACGACCGCAUCGGACCCAUCCUGAUGAAGCUGGAGUACCUCAUCCUGGGCACCAGCGCCGGCCGCUCAGAGGUCAUGGCCUCCUACUACAUGCACUGGGAACAGAAGAUAUUUAAAUCUCUCAUUAAACUAACUCUGGAGAACAUGGAGCAGUUCCAGCAGAGCCUGAGCGAGCGCAAGGCGCUGUUCCAGGUGGACGCGGUGCUGGUGCCGCCCGACAUCGCCAUGCGCCCCACCGCCGCUGAAGUCUGCAACAUACUGGGAUACGAUAUCAAACACUUCCUCAACAGACUGACUGCGUUCCCGCGCUGGAUGCGGAACACGUGUCUGCCGUGUCCGCCGCAGCGCAUCGCGGAGGCCACCGGCAACGAGUACUACGUGUUCUCUUUCUUUGAGGAUGUACUGCGCGUCGCCUCCAUCAACGACAUCACGCUGCUGCUGCAGGACACCAUGUACCGUCUUACACAGGACAUACAGGCCUAUAUACAGAAAUGGCAUAAAUACCAACAUCUCUGGGCUUUCGACAAACAUCUGUCGUGUGAGAAAUACACGCAGAAGACCGACCAGAUAAACAAGUACGACGAGAAGUUCUUCUUCUUCGAGGAUAUAAUCGCGGACUUGAACGAGCACGUGAAGUUCGUGGACGUGGGCGCGAUUCGCGUCAACCUGCGCCCUAUCAUCAAGCAGAUACAGACGCACUCGCAGGACUGGAAGAAUAUACUGGGACAGUGUCUUGCCUCGAAGACCAGAAUGAGCAUGUACGACCUUAAGAAUCAAAUUGAGUCUCUCCGUAUGACAAUGAAUAUGAACAUAAAAGGAUUGGAGGACUUCAAACUGGUGAUGGCGACCAUCACCCACGUGCAGGCCAUGACCAUCACCGCGGAGGUGAAGUACCGGGGUAUGCAGGAGAUAUUCCACAUGCUGAGGCAGCACGGCAUCGAGGUUGCAGAUGAUGAUCUCCUUUUUGCUAAAAAUCUGGAAUCAUCUUGGGGUUCGUUGUACCAGUCGUCCUUGUUCCGCGGCAACACUCUCGAACAGACCAAGGAGAAGUUCUCAAAGUUGAACGUCGCAGAGAUAUCGAAGUUCCUCAAAGAGCUUGAUGAUUUUGUUGAAAAGUUUGAUAGUGAAGGACCCGGGACUAUAGGUGAAGAUAUGGACAGAGGUCUUUUAUUAAUGGAGGAAUAUACGAAGUAUUUCGAUGAGCUAGAAUCGCGGAAGAAAAAUCUCCAAGCUGCGGAACAACUCUUCGACAAUCCUCUAGCCGAUUUCUCGAACUUCAAUCGUGCUAAAUCUGAUUUCAAUGCUAUGGAGUUGAUAUACAAGAUAUAUAAAGCACAGAAGUACGCGCGGGAGAUCUGGGCUAGGACUCUAUGGGUUAAUCUAAACCCACAAGCACUUGUCGAUGGCAUAGAGCAGUUCUUCAAAGAGUAUCGCAAACUACCAAAAGCGACUCGAUCUACUCCUGUGGGUUUGAUGCUAGAUCUUAAAAUGAAACAGUUUAAGGGUGUAGUUCCACUGAUGGUGUCGCUAAAGAAUGAAGCGAUGCGGGAACGGCACUGGAAAGAACUGAUGCACAAAACUGGUCAGGACUUCGACAUGUCCCCGGAUCGUUUCACUCUAGAGAACAUGUUCGCUAUGGAACUUCACAAAUACCAGGAUGUGGCUGAGGAGAUCGUCAACCACGCUAUAAAAGAGCUGGCUAUCGAGCGCGGCGUGAAAGAGGUUCAGGACACGUGGGCUAACAUAAUGUUCACGGUGUCGCGGCACUCUGCGCGCGGGGAGGACCGCGGGUACACGCUCAACCCCUGCGAUGAGAUCGUCGUCAAACUGGACGAUGAUGCCAUGACGUUGCAGGGAAUGGCCGCAUCGCAGUUUAUAGGUCCGUUCCUAACAGUGGUGCAGACGUGGGAGCGCCGCCUGUCGCUGAUCUCGGAGAUAAUAGAGGAGUGGCUGGCCACGCAGCGCAAGUGGCUCUACUUGGAGGGCAUCUUUGUAGGCGGAGACAUCCGCACGCAGCUGCCCGAGGAGGCUAAGAAGUUUGAUGACAUUGACAGAGCCUUUAGAAAAAUUAUGUUGGACACCGCAAAGCGCUUAAACGUCGUCGACUGCUGCAUGAUAAGCGGGAGAUUAGAAGAGUUUGUCAACUUGGGACUGGGACUGCAGAAAUGUCAGAAGUCUUUGAAUGAUUACUUGGAUUCGAAAAGACGUAUAUUUCCAAGAUUCUUCUUCAUCUCGACUGAUGAGCUGCUUUCGAUCCUCGGCAGCAGUGAGUGCAGCUGUGUUCAGGAGCAUAUGAUCAAGAUGUUCGAUAAUAUUCGCGCUUUGGAGUUGUAUGUCGACCACAGCAAUCGACCCGUCGCCUCUAAAAUGAUAUCUGCUGAAGGAGAGAUAAUGGAUUUCCGCUACAUCGUGUACACGGAGGGCAGAGUGGAGGACUGGAUGAACCUGGUCCUCAACGAGAUGCGCAGGACUAACAAAUUCAUCACCAAGAAGGCGAUAUUCUACUACGGGAAAAAUUGGAACGUACCCAGGACGGAGUGGAUAAUGGAGUACCAAGGUAUGGUGUGCCUGGCGGCCAACGGCGUCUGGUGGACGGCGGAGACGGAGGAGACGUUUUAUCGCAUACGGAAAGGCAACAAGCGCGCCAUGAAAGAACAUCUCGCGCAGCAGAACCAACAACUAGAUGGACUGGUUGUUAAAGUCAGACAAGAUUUGUCGUCAAACGACCGUCUAAAGUUCCGCACAAUCACGACCAUUGACGUGCACGCGCGGGACAUCAUCGAGGGCUUCGUGCGGGACAACGUGACGGAAGCGACUGCUUUUCAGUGGGAGAGCCAGCUCAGGUUCUACUGGCUCAAGCGAGAUGACAACCUCUGGAUACGACAGUGCACCGGUUUGUUCGAAUACGGAUAUGAAUAUAUGGGUUUGAACGGUCGACUUGUGAUAACGCCACUAACAGAUCGCAUAUACCUCACCAUAACACAAGCUCUCACCAUGCAGCUGGGAGGCGCACCCGCAGGUCCUGCCGGCACCGGUAAGACGGAGACGACAAAAGACCUGGCGAAGGCGCUGGGGCUGCUGUGCGUGGUGACGAACUGCGGCGAGGGUAUGGACUUCCGCGCGGUGGGGCAGAUCCUGGCCGGCCUCUGCCAGUGCGGCGCCUGGGGCUGCUUCGACGAGUUCAACAGGAUAGAUAUAUCCGUGCUCUCCGUCAUAUCCACACAGCUGCAGUGUAUACGAAGUGCUUUACUUAUGAAGCUGAAAAGAUUUACAUUUGAAGGUCAAGAGAUAGCUAUGGACAGCAAGGUGGGCAUCUUCAUAACGAUGAACCCGGGGUACGCGGGCCGCACCGAGCUGCCGGAGUCAGUGAAGGCGCUCUUCCGACCAGUUGUCUGCAUCUUACCAGACCUUGAGAUGAUCUGCCAGAUAUCUCUUUUCUCUGAUGGAUUUCUUACAGCUAAGGUGCUGGCUAAGAAGAUGACGGUGCUGUACAAGGUGGCGCGCGAGCAGCUGUCGAAGCAGUCGCACUACGACUGGGGGCUGCGCGCGCUGACGGCGGUGCUGCGCAUGGCGGGCAAGCUGCGCCGCGACUCGCCCGGCCUCAGCGAGAUCAUGGUGCUCAUGAGAGCGCUCAGAGAUAUGAACCACCCGAAGUUCGUGUUCGAGGACGUGCCGCUGUUCCUGGGUCUGAUCAAGGACCUGUUCCCGGGGCUGGAGUGUCCGCGCGUCGGCUACCCCGACUUCAACGCCGCCGUCACUGUGGUGCUCGAGCGAGGAGGAUACAUCGUCAUGCCGCAUCAGGUGGACAAAGUGGUGCAGCUGUACGAGACGAUGAUGACGCGGCACUGCUCCAUGCUGGUGGGGCCGACGGGCGGCGGCAAGACCGUCAUACUCGACACCCUCGUCAAAGCGCAGACGGACCUCGGCACGCCCACCAAGCUCACCGUAGUCAAUCCUAAGGCUUGUUCAGUGAUCGAGUUGUACGGCAUUCUUGAUCCAGUGACCAGAGACUGGACGGAUGGACUCUAUUCGAAAAUAUUUCGCGAAAUGAACAGGCCGGCAGAAAAAGACGAGCGUCGGUAUUCCUUGUUCGACGGCGACGUGGAUGCGCUGUGGAUAGAGAACAUGAACUCUGUGAUGGAUGACAACCGGCUGCUGACGUUGGCCAACGGCGAGCGCAUCCGCCUCGCGCCGUACUGCUCACUGCUCUUUGAAGUCGGCGACCUCAACUACGCCUCUCCGGCCACCGUCUCCCGCGCAGGCAUGGUCUUCGUCGACCCCAAGAACUUGGGAUAUGUGCCCUACUGGGAGAGGUGGCUUCGUGGGCGGAGUAACGACGAGGAGCGCGAGCAGCUGGCGGGGCUGUUCGAGCACUAUGUGCCGGGGGCCAUCAAUUACAUAGUCUUCGGUCUCUUCGGCCUGCAGCAGCAAACGCCGCUCGCCACCAUCGUGCCGCAGACACCGCUAAAUCUGGUGGUACAACUGUGCUACAUGAUUAGCGGACUUCUACCAAACACUGAAGUUAACGAAGAGAUCGACAGGACUGUCGUCGAAUGCGUCUUCAUGGUGUCAAUGUACAACAGCUUGGGUGCGUGUAUAGUGGAUGAUGGAAGGUUUGAUUUCGAUGGAUACGUCAAGAAGGCCUGUCCGAUGAUGUUGGUCGAAGAUAGUCUUGAGAAAAAGGCUACGACAAAACAUUUCCCGAUGGGUUUUCCGUCGCUAUACGAUUACUGCUUGGAGCUUACGACGAAAACUUGGGAGGCGUGGGAGUGGCUGGUGCCGGAGUACGUACACGACCGGGAGAUGAAGUUCCCCAACAUCCUGGUGCCCACAGUGGACACCUUGCGGCUCACUUGGCUCAUUAAAAUUAUGGAGAGCGUGGAACGUCCAGUUCUGUUAGUAGGCGAAACUGGAACUUCGAAGACCGCCAUUAUCACCAAUUAUCUGCACGGCUUGCCCGCAGAUAAAUACAUUGUUCAACAAAUGAAUUUCUCAUCGCGCACAUCCUCAAUGGACGUGCAACGCAACUUGGAAUCGGUAGUAGAGAAACGUACGAAGGACACCUUCGGCCCUCCUGUGGGCAAAAAGAUGUUGGUCUUUAUGGACGAUAUGAAUAUGCCUAUUGUGGAUACUUACGGCACUCAGCAGCCGAUAGCGCUGUUAAAGCUGUUAUUCGAGAGGAAAGGCUUCUACGAUCGCGGCAAGGAUCUUAAUUGGAAGAAUCUCAAAGACAUCGGCUUCCUCGCCUCUAUGGGCAAAGCUGGCGGCGGCAGGAACGAUGUGGACCCUCGCUUUAUCUCGAUGUUCUCAGUAUACAACUUGCAGUUCCCGUCCGAGAGCACCUUACAGCACAUCUACGUGUCCAUACUCUCCGGACACUUUGAGAUAUUUGUUGAUGAGGUCAAAGAUAUCGUGGAGAAAAUUGUGCAAAUGACUCUCGAUUUAUACAAGAUAAUAAUAGUGGAGCUGCCGCCGACGCCGGCCAAGUUCCACUACAUCUUCAACUUGCGCGACCUCUCCCGUAUCGCGGCCGGGCUCUGCCUCACGCGGCCGCCGCUCUUCUCCGAGCCGCGCACCGUGCUGCGCUGCUGGCGCAACGAGUUCACACGCGUCAUCUGCGACCGCCUCAUCAGCACAGAGGAGAACGAGCUGAUGCGGUCGUAUGUUCAAGAACACAUCGUGAAGUACUUCCCGGAGGCGGAGCCUGUCGUGCUAGAGGAGAUCGUCGUGCCCGAAGAGGAAGAACGGCAUCCCGAAGAAGAGGAAGAAGAUGAAUUCAUGACAGAUAAGCCUGCUAAAUCCGAUGCGGUACCCGAGGAGACUGAGGCUAUGGAGGAUGAACAGGAAGAGCAAGAGCAUAUGUUAACGCUGGAGGAGUACGUGCUGCGGGACCCGCUGCUGUUCGGCGACUACCGCAAUGCGCUGGACGAGGAGGAGAUCCGCUACUACGAGGACCUGCUCGACUACGAGGCUGUCUACUUCUUGUUCCAGGAGAUACUAGAGGAGUACAGCGAGCGCGUGGGCAAGAUGUCGGUGGUGCUGUUCGAGGACUGCCUGGAGCACCUGACGCGCACGCACCGCGUGCUGCGCAUGGAGCGCGGACACGUCAUGCUGGUCGGCGUCGGCGGCUCCGGCAAGAAGUCCAUCUGCCGCCUCGCCGCCUUCGCUGCAGGUUGCGAAGUGUUUGAGAUCGUGAUAACUCGCAGCUACAACGAGAACACGUUCAAAGACGACAUGAAGCGGCUCUACAACCAGCUCGGCGUGGACGGCAAGCCCACCGUCUUCCUCUUCACAGCGGCACAGAUAUUGGAAGAGGGGUUCCUGGAGUUCAUCAACAACAUCCUGAUGAUCGGCAUGAUCCCCGCUUUGUUCGGCGACGACGAGAAGGACGCCAUCAUCAACGCGCUGCGCAACGAGAGCAACGACGCCGGCUAUGGCGUCGGCAAGGACGCGGUGUGGAGCUACUUCUGCAGCAAGUGCCUGCAGAACCUGCACGUGCUGCUGUCGAUGUCCCCGAGCGGUGACGUGCUGCGCAACCGCUGCCGCAGCUUCCCCGGCCUCGUCAACAACACCACCAUCGACUGGCAGUUCCCCUGGCCCAAGCAGGCGCUGCUCGCCGUCGCCAAUGUCUUCCUAGCUGACGUGCAGAAGAUCCCGGACGAGUUCCGCAGCAUCAUAGUGGAGCACGUGGUGCACGUGCACCUCUCCGUGGCCGUGUACUCGGCGGAGUUCCUCGCGCGCCUGCGCAGGAACAACUACGUCACGCCCAAGCACUACAUGGACUUCCUCACCAGCUACAUCGCGCUGCUCGGAGAGAAGGACGCCUUCAUCGUCGCACAGUGCGAACGUCUAAAAGGCGGACUGCUGAAGAUAGAGGAAGCCAACGUUCAGCUAGAGGAUCUAAACGCAAAGCUAGCCGUGCAGAAAGUCAUCGUCGCAGAGCAGACGCACGAGUGUGAGAUACUGCUCAAGGAGAUAUCAACUGCGACGGAGGCGGCAGUGGGCAAGCAGCAGGUGGCGGCGGAGAAGAGCGCGGAGAUCUCGCAGCAGAGCGAGGUGAUCGCGGAGGAGAAGGCGGAGGCGGAGGAGGCGCUGUCGGCGGCGCUGCCGGCGCUGGAGGCCGCGCGCCUCGCGCUCGCAGACCUCGACAAGAACGACAUCACUGAGAUCCGCUCCUUCGCCACCCCGCCAGAGGCUGUGCAGGUUGUGUGCGAAUGUGUCGUGAUCAUUCGAGGCAUCAAGGAUGUAAGCUGGAAGGGCGCCAAGGGCAUGAUGGCGGACCCCAACUUCUUGCGCAACCUGCAGGAAAUGAACUGCGACCUGAUCACUCAGGCGCAGGUGAAGGCCGUCAAGGCACACAUGAAAAAGAGCAAGAAACUCGACACUAUGCAGCAAAUUAGUAAAGCUGGGUAUGGUCUAUUGAAGUUUGUAAUAGCCGUGCUGGGUUACUGCGCUGUCUACAAGGAAGUUAAACCGAAGAAGGACAAAGUGGAAGCUCUCGAAAAGGAGUACACGGAAGCCGUGAAUUAUUUAGCCUCAUUGAACAGAGAGAUCGACCGACUGCAAAGGACAUUGGACGGUCUGAAUAAUAGAUAUGAAACUGCGAUGUUGAGAAGACAGGAGUUGCAAGAGGAGACCGAUAUAAUGAUGAGGCGAUUGGUGGCAGCAGAUAAGCUGAUGUCGGGUCUGUCCAGUGAACAGAAGCGAUGGACGGAGGACUUGGCGGCGCUGUACGUGGAACAAUCUAGAUUGAUCGGCAACUGCCUACUUGCGGCGUCCUUUCUGAGUUAUUCCGGUCCGUUCUCUUUCUCCUUCCGAGAAACGAUGAUCUACGAGGAUUGGCUCGGUGACGUCAAGGAGCGAGGCAUUCCUCUCACGGAGCCCUUCACUAUUGAACGGAAUUUAACCAAUGAAGUGGAGAUUAGUGGUUGGAAUUCGGAGGGUUUGCCUCCUGAUGAGCUGUCGGUACAGAACGGCAUACUGACGACGCGCGCGUCCCGAUUCCCACUCUGUAUUGACCCACAGACUCAAGCGCUUACCUGGAUCAAAAGAAAAGAAGCUAAAAAUAACUUAAAGAUUCUGUCAUUUAACGACCCACAAUUCGUGAGGCAUUUGGAGAUGGCAAUCAAGUACGGUAUACCGGUGUUGUUCCAAGAUGUCAACGAAUACAUAGAUCCAGUGGUCGAUAAUGUUCUGGAGAAAAAUAUUAAAGUGGAGGGCGGGCGUACGUUCGUGAUGCUGGGCAGCACGGAGGUGGACUACGACCCCAACUUCCGUCUGUACCUGACCACGAAGCUCGCCAACCCGCAGUUCAACCCCGCAGCCUACGCCAAGGCGGUCGUCAUCAACUACACUGUGACAGUGCAGGGCUUAGAAGACCAGCUCCUCAGCGUCGUAGUACGCGCAGAGAGAUCGGACUUAGAAGAACAGCGUGAAAGUCUUAUAAUGGAGACGAGUGCCAACAAGAGUCUUCUGUCAGGUCUGGAGGACUCUCUGUUGAGAGAGCUGGCUACAUCCACAGGCAAUAUGCUGGAUAAUGUAGAACUAGUCGACACCUUGGAGAAUACCAAGGCCAAAGCAGCUGAGGUAAUGGAGAAAUUGCAACUAGCAGAAAUAACAACACAAGACAUUGAGAAACUUCGAGAUGGAUACAGGCCUGUGGCGAAACGCGGCUCUAUUCUCUUCUUCGUUUUGUCAGACAUGGCUGUCGUCAACUCUAUGUACCAGUAUUCACUUUCCUCUUAUCUUGAUGUAUUUUCGUUUUCGCUUAGAAAAGCCAUGCCAAAUGUGAUCCUCGCGAAACGUUUGAAGAACAUUAUUGAUAUGCUCACCAAAAAUGUAUAUGACUAUGGAUGCACUGGUAUAUUCGAGCGCCACAAGCUGCUGUACUCAUUCCAAAUGAAUAUAAAACUGGAGCAGAACGAGGGCAACGUGAGUCAGCCGCAGCUGGACUUCUUCAUCAAGGGCAAUGUGGCGCUGGAGAAGGCGGCCACUGCCUGCCCCGCUACCUGGAUACCUACACAGGGAUGGCAAGACAUAAUGAAACUAAGCUUGGACUUUUCGGAAGCGUUCGCAAUGCUGCCGGAACAUAUUCGCACAAAGCUUGAAGAUUGGCGAGAGUGGUUCGACAGCGACACGCCGGAGACGAACGAGAUCCCCAACGGGUACCGCGAACGCCUCAAGCCGUUCGAACUGCUGAUGUUGCUGCGCUGCUUCCGCGUCGACCGCAUCUACCUCGCGCUCACCGACUACAUCACCGCCACCCUCGGCGAGGAGUACAUCACGCCGCCCGUCAUCAGCUUCGAUAUGAUAUUCGAGCAGACGACGCCGUUCACGCCGGUAGUGUUCAUUUUGAGCCCCGGCUCCGACCCCACGGCCGACCUCAUGAAGCUGGCCGACCGCUGCGGCUUCGGCGGCGGCAAGUUCAAGUACCUCUCACUCGGACAGGGACAGGAAGGCGCAGCCUUGGCUCUCCUGGAGGGUGCAAUAUCACACGGGCAGUGGCUGAUCCUGCAGAACUGUCACCUGCUGGUGUCAUUCCUCCGUGAACUGGAGAAGCAGCUGGAACUGCUGACCAAGCCGCACCCAGAAUACCGUCUGUGGCUCACUACGGACCCCACGCCUACCUUCCCUAUCGGUAUACUGCAGAGAUCACUCAAAGUGGUGACAGAGCCCCCUAACGGCUUAAAGCUGAAUCUUCGCAACACGUACUUCAAGAUGCGUCCGCACGCGCUGGAGGAGUGCACACAUCCGCAGUUCAAGAAGCUCGUCUACGUGCUCGCUUUCUUCCACGCUGUCGUACAAGAGCGUCGCAAAUACGACAAGAUUGGGUGGAAUAUAUCUUACGACUUCAGCGAGUCGGACUUCGUGGUUUGUAUGCAGAUCCUGCAGUGCUACCUCGAGCGCACCACCGGCGCCGUGCCCUGGGCCACGCUCAAGUACCUCUUCGGAGAGGUGAUGUACGGCGGUCGUGUGAUAGACGACUUCGACCGGCGCGUGGUGGGCACCUACAUGGACGAGUACAUGGGCGAGUUCCUCUUCGACAAGUUCCAGCCCUUCCACUUCUACCACGACGACGUCUUCGACUACUUUAUACCGCCCGAUGGCGAGCGCGAAGAGUACAUCGACUUCGUGGACUCUCUGCCGCUGGCGAACACGCCGGAGGUGUUCGGGCUGCACCCCAACGCGGAGAUCGGCUACUUCAGCCAGGCCGUGCGCGACAUGUGGUCGCAUCUCAUCGAGCUGCAGCCGCAGACCAGCGAGGGCGGGGGCGCGAUGAGUCGCGAAGACUUCAUCGACAACAUCGCGGUGGACGUGCUGGCGAAGCUGCCGCCGCAGUACGAGGUGUGGCGCGUGCGCAAGCAGUUCGAGAUGAACAUCACACCCUCAGUCGUCGUGCUGCUGCAGGAACUUGAGAGGUUCAACCGGCUGAUCAACAAGAUGCAGAGCACGCUGUCGCUGCUGCGCAAGGCGCUGGCGGGCGAGAUCGGCAUGGACGCGGUGCUGGACAACGUCGCCUCCAGCCUGUUCAACGGGCAGCUGCCGCACGUGUGGCGCGCGCUCGCCCCCGCCACCUGCAAGGGCCUCGGCGGCUGGAUGGACCACUUCAUGGAGCGCACCAAGCAGUACACGGACUGGGCGACGAUGGAGGAGCCGAUAGUGAUGUGGCUGUCGGGGCUGCACGUGCCGGAGUCGUACCUGAUCGCGCACGUGCAGACGGCGUGCCGCGCGCGCGUGUGGCCGCUGGACCGCUCCACGCAGUACACGCGCGUCACGCGCUACACCGCCGUGCCCGACAUCGAGCAGCGCCCCGACUCUGGUUGCUACAUCCGAGGGCUGUACCUGGAGGGCGCGCGCUGGGACCUGGAGGAGGGUUGCCUACGACGCUCGCACCCCAAGGUGCUGGUGACGGAGCUGCCCAUCAUGCACAUCAUACCCAUAGAGUCGCACAAGGUCAAGCUGCAGAAUACCCUACGCACGCCGGUGUACACAACGUCGCAGCGACGCAACGCUAUGGGAGUGGGCCUCGUGUUCGAGUCUGACCUGUGGACGGCGGAGCACAUCAGCCACUGGGUGCUGCAAGGCGUCUGUCUCAUCAUGAACACCGACUGAAUUACACAUCUAAUCUUACUAAAAAGUAUGGAAGGAUAACCAAGUUAAGAUUUAUUUCAUCCACCAGGUAAUGCCUCGCUGUUGCCCCUGGUAUUGUAUUGUAUGUAAGCAUAUACCUUCACUAGUGUAUAGUAUGCUACUAAUGGAAAGGUGGCAAACAUUUAUACAUCAAGGUGCCAUUUUUAAAGAAAUGUUUAAUGUGUUCUUAUAUGUGUCAUAGAAUAAUUUUGACUGCGAUUAUUACAUAUUUUCCUUGGUACAUCUACUUCAUUUUUUUUAUUAUCGAUAUGCACAAAGUAUUAUGUUGUGUGCCAUUUAUGGUAUACAUGCCAGUGGUUCGCCAUCUCUGUUGUAAUGAUCCAAUUAGAUGGUUUGAACAUGAAACAUCAGUUAACAAAAUGGUAUAAACUAGGUUUAUUGGUCUAACUCAUGUUCGCUUUAAAGUUUACAGAAACAUUUUACAGCAGGAAAGUAAUCUUAUAUUUAUGUUAUUUGUAAGCCUUUAUUUGAUGCUGGAAAAAAUUAUUUUAAAACUAAUAAACUCUAUAUUUAUGCAAUUUCUUGCACAAAUCAAGAUUGAGAACUUCUCUAUAUUAUAUGUUCAUAGGAUAAUUGUCUCAAUGGUUGUAAAACCGAUUUUUUAAAUUGGUUAAUUACAUCUUGUUUUA